CCCUCUUUGUUGAUGGAUUUAAAGGUGUCUGUCUUCCUGUUGCACUACACGCUGAAGAAAACACAGAGACACACACAGGUGAGACAGCACAGGAGAAUUGGCCCAUUUGGAUAAGGUAGCAGUUAAGGACUCCACACACGCUCAGUAGAUGAUGUUUGUGGCUGGUUUGUGCAGCGCCCUGCUCCUCUGCACUGGCCUGGCCAGUGUCUUGGGUCAGGACUCGGGAGACAUGCCCUUCAAUGAGACCUUGGACUCGGCAGGCAAUGUGUCCCUGCGCUGGGGCUUCGAUAGCAAGCAGGAGACCAUCACCUUCCAGCUAGCCUGCAAGACCAGCGGCUGGGUGGGGUUCGGCCUCAGCCCCAGCGGGGAAAUGGACGGCUCGGAUAUCGUCAUCGGGGGGGUGAAUCCCAACGGCACCACCUACUUCACGGACAGACACGCAGUUGGUGACCAGCUCCCCCUGGUGGAUGGCAGCCAGGAUUACACCCUCCUCUCCCUGAAAGAAGACGCUACCGGAACCACAAUGAAAUUCUCGCGCAAAGUCCAGACCUGCGACAAAGACGACAUGGAGAUUUCAACAAGUGCAAUGAAGCUGAUUUACGCGUACGGAGCGGAUGACAGCAUUGCCUACCAUAACAAUGCCAGAGGAACGAAGAGCGUGAACCUGCUACAGAGCACACAGAGAUCCACGCCCUCCCAGGACUCUGUGGGGCAGCUUGAGAUGACGGUCAAUUCAUUUGCAGUUCCAGAGAGAGAUACGUACUACCACUGCAGAAUUAUUAAAUCUCCCAACUUCCCUGGGAAGCGGCAUGUUUAUCGGAUGGAGCCCAAGAUCCAGUCUGGAAAUGUGGACCUGGUUCAUCACAUUCUGGUGUACGCCUGCCCUGCGUCAGUGAGCGUGGAGCUUGAGGGGGAGUGCUACUCAGGUCAAAGCAUGUAUGUGUUUUCCAGCUGUCAGCAGGUGGUGAUAGGCUGGGCAGUAGGAGGGCAAGACAUUUGGAUGCCUCCAAAUGCAGGGAUUUCGAUUGGGACAAGUGACGAUCCCGUCUUCUACAGACUGGAAAUGCAUUACAGCAACAGCAAACUGAGCAAGGGUCGGGUGGACAGCUCAGGGCUGGUUUUUCACUACACCUCAGAGCUGCGUGCUAACGAUGUGGGGAUAUUGGAGGUGGGUCUGAUCGUGGAUACCUCGUAUGUGAUCCCCCCGAACGCCAAGGAUUUCAAAGCCUACGGGCUGUGCAACACGUCCACCUUCUCUCAGGUCCUCUCAGGAGAACCUCCUGUAUUGAACGUGUUUGCUUCUUUACUGCACACUCACCUGGCUGGGAGAGGGGUGCGAGUCGGACACUACAGAAAUGGAGAGCAGAUCGGCUUCUUGGGGAAAAAUGAACAUUAUGACUUCAACCUGCAAGAGACUAUGUUCCUGGGGAGCCUGGUCCAGGUGAAAGCGGGUGAUGAAAUAUUGGUGGAAUGUACUUACAAUACAGAAAGUCGCAAGACAGCCACUCAGGGUGGUCUGGGCACUACGAAUGAGAUGUGUCUGGCGUUCCUGUUGUAUUACCCUCGGACGAAGCUGGCAAGUUGCUGGAGUCUUCCUGAGCCCACAGCUAUGAGCGCUGCUCUUGGGGUGAAAGGCACAAGCGAGCUGGUCGCGCUGAUGAACUCCUCCGUCUGGAAUGAUACUGCUGUCGGUCGCUUCGAGAGAACAGUGCGCGAUCUGCCUCAGCUCAUGGCAGUGUCCGUGUCCAAUGGUACACGUAUAGUUGACCUCAGUUUCAUCCGGGAGUUCAAAUCCAGCCCGGCGACUGCCUGCACUACCCUUCCCCUCAGUGGUGGGGGUGAGAGCUGUGCACUGGUCACUGCAGGGCUGGGGCUCUACAUCGCUCUGCUCACCAGUCUUAUCAGUCUCACCGGGGCCCUUUGAACUGGGAGGGGACACUGGGGGGGGAUCGAGAGACGCCUCUCCCCUGCCCAGUGCUGCCUUUCUCAGGGGCAUGCUGACAUGAGUGCCUCUUGAGACUAUUAAUCGUUUCCACCCUUAUAAAAGCUUCCCACAGUCAAAGCACAGAAUUGUAAUAAAGCACAGUGAAAGUAUGGUAAAGCACAGGUGAGCAUUGUAAAGAAUAGCGAGGUAUGGUAAAGCAUAUGAAUAAACAUGCAGGGUAACCUGUGGUAUAUACACAAUAUAAUCACAGGAAAAACAGAGGAAAGACUGCAAAAAUACUGUAGCAAAACUUUUAUAAAGGCAUGGGCGUUUGGCUCAAACUGGAUUACUAUUAUGAUAAUUAGUAUGUUUAUUAUUGUUGUUAUUAUUUUACUGACACAUAAGGCAUCAGUGAUAUACAUUUUUUUAAAUCUAAUAUUAAUAAAAAAUAAUUAAGUCUUCUCUA